AUGGCCCAGGCUGCAAGCUUUCAGCCCAGCCCAGAAGAUGAGCCCGACCACGACACUGUGAAGCGAUGGCAAGCCCUAUUGGGGUACACCUAUCCCGAGGCCGCGAAGGAAAUUAGGGACAAGAGACGGGAUCUGGGGCGACCUACCCUAUCCGAGGCAUCCUGGGAGACUCUCCCGGCAGACAAAAGGGUAGAGGGCUUCGAUAAGGAGGCCUACGAGCACGCAUGCUGGCUCGCGAAAUCGCUCCAGGGCCCGCUAACAAGCCCAGAGACUCUCCAAGCGGCGCUGGGCCUGGAUGCCACGCCAGCCGUUUUAAGCGGGAGCGACGACUUCGGCGAGCUAGCAGCGUUCUGCAAAGUCGCCGCUGUGGAGAAGCAGGCAAUCUUGUGCCUCCUGUCCGACAAGGAUCCAUUCUUCCAGCCCACUUUCGUCCGCUGCUCGGUAGCCGACAAGGUGUUAUCCGCCUUCUUGGCUCACCCUACGCUGGGCAUCGACGCAACCCUGCCGCAGCACCGUACGCGGUCACCACCUGACCCGGCGCUCCGCCCGGCCCAGGGCGAGUAUCCCGUGUGGUACUUCUUCUACGGCACGCUGGCGGACCCCAACGUGCUCCGCCAGUUGCUGGAACUGGACCGCGAGCCGACGUACCGGCCAGCCAAGAUCCAUGGCGGCUUGUUGGAAGCAUGGGCCGGCAAGUACAGGGCGCUUGAGGAGGCGCUGUGCCGCUACGAAACGGACCAGUACGAGGUGGUUCGUUGCGAAAUCGAGAUGGAACGAGCGCAGGAGGAGGAGGAAGAGGAGGAGACUAUCCGCGGGCUGACGUUUCGGUUUGUUGGCGAGGUCGAUUGA